AUGGGGCUGGGCUCGAGUUCCGAGGUCCCCGACGGCGGCGCCGAGGGCUUCCACGUACACGGGGUUCAAGAAAAUUCCCCAGCUCAGCAAGGAGGACUGGAACCUUUCUUUGAUUUCAUCAUUGCCAUAGGACACACAAGGCUUAAUAAAGAAAACAAUAUGUUGAAAGAUCUGCUGAAGGCAAAUGCUGAAAAAGUAGUGAAGCUGGAGGUGUAUAAUCUCAAAACAAUGAAAAUAAGAGAGGUGGAGGUGAUCCCCAGUAAUAUGUGGGGAGGACAAGGCCUUCUUGGAGCCAGUGUGAGGUUCUGCAGCUUCCAGGGAGCCAAUGAACAUGUGUGGCAUGUUUUGGAUGUUGAACCUGCAUCUCCUGCAGCUCUAGCUGGCCUCCAGCCGAACACAGACUACAUUGUUGGAUCUGAUCAGAUUCUUCAGGAGUCAGAGGAUUUCUUUUCACUGAUUGAAUCCCAUGAGGGGAAGCCACUGAAGCUGAUGGUUUAUAACACUGAAGCUGAUUCCAUUCGAGAGGUAGUUGUGACUCCCAAUGGAGCUUGGGGUGGAGAAGGAAGUUUAGGAUGUGGCAUUGGCUAUGGCUAUUUGCACAGAAUUCCCACGCAGGCUAUAACAUCGAAGAAAAAGCCAGAGAGCAAACCACCUUCACCCUUACCAGAAGCUGGAACUCCUGUACCUUCUACUAAUGGCUACACAGAGACUCCAUUACUGGCACCUACUUCUCAGAGUGACAACUCAGGAACGGUUAUGGACUUGGAUCAUUCCACAGCUCAAGAAAUGAGUGGUUAUUCACCAGAAAGCUCACUUUCCCCUCCUCCCCCUCUCCAGAGAGUUAUGGAUCCAGGAUUUCUAGAUAUGUCUGAUAUUUCACUUCCUGAACUCACUAACUUAACUAAAGUGCCCAACAUGUCUUCAGCUGCCUCCUCCACCAUGCCAGCAGCAGAUGCUUCAGUAGGCACUGAGAAGUUAAUGCUGAAUGUUUCUGCUUAUUUUGAAAAUGCCACGGCCUUGGACCCUGAAGAUGUAACCAUGCAUUCUGAAAGCUCAGUCAAACAGCCUGAGCUGGAUGACCUCCUGCCUUCAGUUCCAUCUUUACCUUCUUUUGCUCUUCCUAAUGAAAUUUCUUCAAAACCAACACUCGGAACUGAUCCUGAUAACCCAGAAACCAAGGAAACCAAGCUGCUCUUCAACAGUAUUGAGAGCUCAUUAACCACAAGUCCAGUGAAACUAGAUGCUGAAGCAGCAUGUGAACAGAAAGAAGCAGCAGCUGCACAAGAGCAUGAGUGA